AUGAAGCACAUGAGGGUGGCCGUGCUGCUCCUAAUGCAAAGCAUGAUAGCACAGGCUACAGCCUCAGUGGCAGCAACACAAGAGACUCCUCCUCUCAGUACAUUGUUUCAGUAUCUGACUCAACCUGCCGAGAUGACUGGCCACCGGCACACUACCCCAACGCUAUUUUCCAAUGUGUCUGGCUCUCUGGAUGACCAUGGAACUUGUCAGUGCUCUGUGUACUUGCCGGAUACCACCUUUCCAGUGCAGAAGGCUGAACAAUUGGAAAAGAUAGCCGCAACUCUUUUGGAGAAAUUUGAGAAAGAACUUUCUCAAGUUAAGGAGUACACAAAAAGGAUUGAACUGUAUCAACAGAAAAUCCUGAAUCUAACCAUCAGAGUGGAAUAUAUGGAGCAGAGCAGUGUAUCUUACACAGAGCUGGACUUCCAGUUACUGAAAGUGGAAAUCAGUAACCUGGAGAAACUGGUCACUCAGCUGAAAUUCAGUCUUGUUGGAAGCAAUGUUAUUGUUGAACAAAUAUAUUUGGAGAUCACAAAUCUGACUAUCCUGGUAAAUGGACUAGAAUCAUUGGACAAAAACAAUAUCCUUGCAAUUCGACGACAAAUUGUGUCUCUGCAGAAUCGAUUGAAAGAGUGUGAAGAGAGCGCAAACAAAACCACAGUAGCCCCUUAUUUCCCACCACCAGGUAGCUGCAUUCACCGUGGACUGCUGAAUAUUAGCCAGCCCUAUGUUGUAAAGCUGAACUGGAGAGGAUUUUCCUACAGAUAUGGUUCCUGGGGUAGAGAUUACUCUCCUUCUAACCUGGAGGAGGAAGUCUAUUGGGUUGCACCAUUGAACACAGAUGGGAGAUACUUGGAAUAUUGUAGAAUUUAUAGUUCCUUUGAUAAUUUGCUGCUGUUUAGACAAACAUAUGAAAGGAGACUAGAAUAUGGGGAAGGCAGUGGUGCUGCUCUUUAUAAUAAUUUUUUGUACUAUCAUGCUUAUAAUUCAAGAAAUAUGAUCAAGUAUAAUUUAAAAACAAACACCGUGGUUUUGAAGAAGGCACUUCCAAGUGCUGUUUAUGGUAACCGUUUCUCUUAUGCAGGUGUAUCAUGGCAAGACAUAGACUUUGCCGUGGAUGAAAGUGGGUUAUGGGUAAUAUAUUCAACAGAAAAUAGCAUGGGUAACAUUGUGAUUAGCAAACUCAAUGAGACCACACUUGACGUGCUAAAUACUUGGCAGACAAGACAGUACAAGCCAUCUGUUUCCAAUGCUUUCAUGAUAUGUGGUGUUCUGUAUGCCACAAGGAUAAUGAAUACUAGGAAAGAGGAAAUCUUCUACAUGUAUGACACAACUACGGGCCAAGAAGGUACUACUAGUAUUGUUAUGGAUAAAAAAUUAGAUACAAUCCAGAGUAUCAAUUACAACCCCACAGAUCAAAGACUGUAUGUUUACAAUGAUGGUUAUCUUCUAAGAUAUGAUCUGAGCUUUCAAUCUUAGUAUCUCAGUCAUACAACCACGUAGUAAAACUGGGCAGCAACUAAAAUCAGAGAUCUGAUAUGUCCUUAGUCAAUUCUAAUGACAAUUUAGGGUUCAUCUGAUCUGAUGAACUGUAUCUGCUAGAUGUUAUAUAUAUUGCUUUGAAUAGUUUCCUUAAAGGAAUAGCCCACUCCUAUCAGUACUGCUGGCAGCAGUGUUUGGCAGUACUAUAUUCUUCUGGUUUUGGUUAGUGUUUAUUGGUGUUCAGUGUAUUACAAGUAUCUUGCUUCUAAGAAUAGAUUUAGUGCAUAGAUUUAGUACAUUUUGUUCACAGAAAUUGAUGGGCACAUCUUAGCCACUGACCAGAAGCUAAUUACCCACAAAUAUGCAUUUGUCAGGGUUAUACAGGGAAGGCACCUAGAAACUGAGGAUGAAUUCCCAUUGAUAGUCAUCAGAGUAAACUGAGGCCUUAGAGAAAUUAAUAGAGGGAUUAUAACUGUAGAAGAAGUAGGUCUUUGUCUAAAGAGAGUAGACUGUUUUUUAGGUUAGAGCAGUAGCAGUUGUCUCAAGGCUUCAGGAGAGGAGGUAGAAAUGCAAUUUGUUGCCUGAAAUCCUGAAGUGACUGCAGAGGCAGAGCUGGCAGCAGGGCUUUCACCAUCUUUUUGUCCCACUCUGCUGCCCAAAGCAAUUCCCUGUGCCUAGACCUGGCCUUACAAAUGGCCUUAUUGCAAUCUGGCCAUGUUUUGUAGUCAUCGGGGCUCCAUUCUCCUGGCAGUAGGAAGCAGCAAGCACUGUUUUCCUUUCCUUUAUGCCCUUGUAAGCUGAUCCAAAUCCUUCCAUUGACUUCUGCGGUCACAGGCAGCUCUUAGGUGUAUAUCAUGCACUGCCGUAGAAUGACAGCUGUGUUAUUUAAUGUGCCUCUAUUCAGCAUUUUUGCCAUUCCGUAAUUAGAUUCCUGAGAGCCUUGUCAGUGUAAGGUCCAAUUCAUUCCUUGUGUAAUUCCAUCUUAUAACAAGGUAAAUAAUAGUAUUGCAGAAAGCAGAAGUCCGGUCAAACUAGCUGGAUAUGUGUUUGUUUUUUAAAUGGCUAGUGUGUAAUUGUUUCUGAAUGUGUGUACUGUAUCAACAGUACACACAUAAUGUCAGAAAGCAAGCUGAAAUAAUGUAAUUUUGAGCUAUACAAUGAUGAAAAAGGCAGUUUUCAUUGUUCACUUUCUUCUAUUACCCCUGCAAUCGUGUUUGUUUCUUCUGAUAAUCAAAAGCAAUGCACACAAAUGAUUAGU